CAGUUGUCCAUCCCAACAUUUGUCGACUGAUGCGAAGAUGUCAAGAGGUAAUUUCUUAGAAAUUCAUAAGAAAAUAUUUUAUGAACAUUGAGGAGAAACCGAGGUUAUUUCGCAACUUUUGAAUGGAUUCAAAUCAUUUAGGGCCUGCUCAAGGUGGAGAACCCGAAGUCGAUGCCGGGGUUUGGAGGUCUCAGUUGCCGCCGGAUUCUCGGCAUCGAAUUGUCAACAGCAUCAUUGAGACAUUGAAGAGGCACAUUCCUGUUUCUGGUCCUGAGGGAUUGAAUGAGUUGAGGAAAAUUGCUGUAAGGUUCGAGGAAAAGGUUUACAAUGCCGCUACCAGUCAGUCAGAUUACCUAAGGAAAAUAUCUCUGAGGAUGCUUACUAUGGAAACCAAGUCUGGGACGUUCACUGCAUUACCAUCAGUGUCGGGCCCUGUGUCUUCCAAUCAACCUUAGUCAGAGAACAUCCACAAUAACAAUGUUUCUUCUAAUGUAUUUACCAACUCUCAGAGGCCAAUAUACUUUAUUAGUAUAUUGGCUAAUAAGGUAAAUGACUCUACUAUUAGAACGUCUAGAACGUCUUAGUAUGUCUUAGUGUUGGAAUGAGAUAUUAUAUGAUAGUCUUAGUACGUCUUAGUGUUGGAAUAGAACUGUUCUGAAUCUUGAAUGUUUAUUAUGUUAGUCUUAGUACGUCUUAGUGUUGGAAUGAGAUAUUAUAUGAUAAUUA